AUGGACGUGGUUAUUAGAAUUUGGUUUUUAGUUCUUUUUACGAUCUUCACAGUUAUGUUCAUUGGUUCUUUAUCUGCACUUUCAAUUCCAAUUGAAAUAGCUUCAAGUCCUGAAAGCCUUGCCUUCGAUUGUGAAGGUCAUGGACCUUAUGCUGGUGUUUCUGAUGGUCGAGUCUUGAGAUGGGAAGGUGUUGAGCAUGGUUGGACGCAAUUCUCUAUCUCUUCAAUAUCCCAGUUUUCUUCAUUCAGGUUGAGUAACUUGUGUGAUGGUUCUAAUGACCCACGAUUGGAACCCUAUUGUGGAAGGCCAUUGGGAUUGGAGUUCAAUAACAUCACAUGUGAGUUAUAUAUAGCAGACUCCACGUUUGGCCUUUUGACGGUGGGACCUAUUGGUGGAUUUGCAACUCAAUUUGCCGCUGGUGUUAACGGUGUUCCCUUUUUAUUCGCUAAUAGAUUGGACAUCGACCAAAACACUGGGAUUAUUUAUUCUGAAUAUGUAGCUAUAAUCCUUAGUGGCGACCUAACAGGGAGACUAUUAAAAUAUGACCCAAGCACAAGCAUUGUGACAGUGUUGCUUGGGGGCCUUGCAUUCCCAAAUGGAGCCGAUGUAAGUCAUGAUAGCACAUUUGUCCUUGUCACUGAGACUACUACUGGUAGAAUCCUGAGAUACUGGCUUAAAGGUCCCAAAGCUACAACCAAGGAUGUCUUCAUCCAACUCCCAGGACAACCAGACAACAUAAAAAGGAAUGCAAGAGGAGAAUUUUGGGUAACAGUAAACUCUUUUCAAGGAGGACCACGUUUCAUGCCACUCCCACAAAUUCCGUCCAUCACGCAUUCUCAAGCCAUGAAGUUAAAUGAAAAUGGAAUGGUUAUGGAGGUGUUUGUGGGUAAUGAUAGAAGCAGAUUGGAGGCUACCAGUGAAGCACAAGAAAAUGAUGAAAAUUUAUGGAUUGGUUCUAUUGUUUCCUUUUAUGUUAGUGUUUUUAGGAUUUAG